ACCAUGGGAUUUCUGGUGCCUAAAGGAAAUCUCCUCCUCCUCCUCCUGUGUGCCAGCGUCUUCCUCGCUUUUGGCCACGUGGAAACCCGAGCCCAUGCAGAGGAACGUCUCCUGAAGAAACUCUUCUCAGGUUAUAACAAGUGGUCCCGUCCAGUCGCCAACAUUUCUGAUGUGGUUCUGGUCCGUUUUGGCUUGUCCAUUGCCCAGCUCAUUGAUGUUGAUGAGAAAAACCAAAUGAUGACCACGAACGUGUGGGUGAAACAGGAAUGGCACGACUACAAGCUACGCUGGGACCCCCAGGAGUAUGAAAAUGUCACAUCCAUCCGAAUCCCCUCGGAGCUGAUCUGGAGGCCAGAUAUUGUCCUCUACAACAAUGCUGAUGGUGACUUUGCAGUCACCCACCUGACCAAGGCUCACCUCUUCUACGAUGGGAGAAUUAAAUGGAUGCCACCUGCCAUCUAUAAAAGCUCCUGCAGCAUUGAUGUCACCUUCUUCCCCUUUGACCAGCAAAACUGCACAAUGAAGUUUGGCUCCUGGACCUAUGACAAAGCCAAGAUAGACCUGGUGAGCAUGCACAGCCACGUGGACCAGCUGGACUACUGGGAGAGUGGGGAAUGGGUCAUCAUCAACGCUGUGGGCAAUUACAACAGCAAGAAAUACGAAUGCUGCACAGAGAUCUACCCUGAUAUCACUUAUUCCUUCAUUAUCCGGAGGCUGCCACUCUUCUACACCAUCAAUCUCAUCAUCCCCUGCCUCCUCAUCUCCUGCCUGACCGUCCUGGUUUUCUAUCUGCCCUCUGAGUGUGGAGAGAAGAUAACUUUGUGCAUCUCUGUUCUGCUGUCCCUCACUGUGUUCUUGCUGCUCAUCACAGAGAUCAUCCCCUCCACCUCCUUGGUCAUCCCUCUGAUUGGAGAGUACCUCCUCUUCACCAUGAUAUUUGUGACCUUGUCCAUCAUCAUCACUGUCUUUGUGCUCAAUGUCCACCACCGUUCCCCACGGACCCACACGAUGCCAGACUGGGUGAGGAGGGUUUUCCUUGACAUUGUCCCACGCCUCCUCUUCAUGAAACGUCCCUCUGCUGUCAAGGACAACUGCAAGAAGCUCAUUGAAUCCAUGCACAAAACAAACAACACCCCCAGGCUUUGGGCUGAGGUCAGUGUGGAACCCAACCUCACCACCUCCUCCUCCUCCAGCCCCCAGAGCACCGAGCCAUCCCCCACCUCUUCCUUCUGUGCCCACCUGGAGGAGGCAGCCAAACCUCAGCCUAUCUGCAAGUCCCCUUCUGGGCAGUACUCUGUACAGGUGACCUGCUCCUCUCCACAACCUUCCCACCACCAUCCCCUGAGUGACACCCAGGCCACCUCUGUCCUGAAGGGCAGGUCCCUCAGUGUCCAGCAGAUGUACAACCCCAGCAAGGCAGAGGAAGGGACCCUCCGCUGUAGGUCCAGGAGCAUCCAGUAUUGUUACCUUCAAGAAGACUCUUCCCAAACCAAUGGCCAAUCCACUGGCUCCCCAGCAUCCCAGAGGUGUCACCUCAACCAGGAGCAGCCCCAGCACAAGCCCCCCCAGUGCAAGUGUAAAUGCAAAAAGAGCCAAGGAGCUGGCACGGGAGCUCAGGGGAGCAAGACCAAAGAACAACAUCUCCUCUUGAUGUCCCCAGCCCUGAAGCUGGCAGUGGAAGGGGUUCACUACAUUGCAGACCACCUGAGAGCAGAAGAUGCAGAUUUCUCAGUGAAGGAAGACUGGAAAUACGUUGCCAUGGUCAUUGACAGGAUCUUCCUCUGGAUGUUCAUCAUCGUGUGCUUGCUGGGAACUGUUGGGCUCUUCCUCCCCCCGUGGCUGGCAGGGAUGAUCUAA